AUAGUUCUCUCUCUCCUUCAGCUCGUUUUCGCUUUGCUUCACCAUAGCCCGUUCUUCUCGUGCCCUCUGCUGAAUGGUGUUCUCCUCCUACUCGUCCGAACCUAGCGCUUGUGCUUGCUGGAUUGCUGUCGUUGAUCUCAUCCCGUUCACCUGUCUGCUCCAGGAAGUCUGCUCGGGAAAGUGACCGAUUCACCCAAUGGCCAUUGGAGGGAUCGUUUUGGGUUCCUUCUUGGCUUCCUUCUUUCAGGUCCUUUUCGACAAGUUGACUUCUCUCGCAUUGGGAUAUACACAACGAGAAGGAAUCAGCACCACCCUACUUGAGGAGUGGAAGGAGAUGCUGGUCACAAUCAAUGCAGUGCUGGCCGAUGCAGAGGACAGGCAACUCAGCGGUAACCCUCUAGUGAAACUGUGGCUAGACGAUGUUAGGGACUUGGCCUAUGACAUGGAAGACUUGCUGGAUGAGUUAGCUAUCAUAGAAACUCAGGUUGAGUCGGAGGCAGAAUCUAGCACAAGCAGAGGUCGGAAGAAAUGGAAGGUCUCUUGCUUUGGCCGAGAUAAAUCCUCCAGAUCGAAUCAAAACCUGCGCUCGCUCGUGUCUGAAACCAAGGUACAAGAGAUCAACCGCAGGUUGGAAGCGAUUGUCACAAGGAAAGCUAGUCUAAGCUUGAGAGAGAAUGUUGCGGACAGAUCCAACUACACCAACAAAAGGGAUCCCACCACUUCUUUGCCAGAGCCUCAGUUUUUCGGCAGGGAGAAGGAAGAAGCACAGAUACUCGAACGACUAAUCAGUGAGGUCGAAAAUUCCAAUACCACGUUGAGCAUAGUCCCCAUAGUUGGGAUGGGCGGUGUUGGAAAGACGGCCUUGGCUCAGCGGCUCUAUAAUGAUGCCAGAGUAUAUAGCUGUUUCGAGACAAGAGCAUGGGUUUGCGUGUCAGAUGUUUUUGAUGUUCUUGACAUAACAAAGACUAUUUUGCAGUCCAUCACCGGGUCGUCCUGCGUGGGUGAAGAUCUUAACGGCCUUCAAGUUAAGUUGAAGGACAAUCUAUCUGGGAAAAAGUUUCUUGUGGUUUUAGACGAUAUUUGGAAUGAGAAGUACGAAAAAUGGACUGCCCUCUUAAAACCAUUUGAAGUUGGGGCCAGGGGAAGUAAGAUCGUCAUCACCACUCGCAACCUUGCUGUUGUUUCCAUAACAGGAGCAUCGCCAUAUACUUUGAAGGAAUUGUCCCUUGACGAUUGUACAAGCUUAUUAGCCUUUCAUGCUCUUGGAGCAAAAAAUUUUGAGAGCCACCCAGAUUUUGAAACAAUAGGCAAGAAGAUAGCUGAAAGAUGUAAAGGUUUACCUUUGGCUGCGAAGAUGUUGGGCGGUGUCCUACGUAAUAAAAGGAAUCCCGAUGAAUGGGAAGAUACCUUAAAUAACAGAAUAUGGGAUCUUCCGUCAGCGGAGAAUGAUGAGGUUCUCCCUAUUUUGAAAUUGAGCUAUGUCCAUCUUCCUUCAUAUUUGAAGAGAUGUUUUGCUUACUGUGCAAUAUUCCCCAAGGACUACCAAAUUGAUAGGGAUGAGCUAGUACUCUUAUGGAUAGCAGGGGGCUUUUUAGAUGGAAGAAAAACAAAGGAAAAUAUCUUGAGAUUAGGACGGAAUUACUUCGAUGAGUUAGUAUCUAGAUCCUUUUUUCAACGAUCUAGUGUUGACACGUCAAAGUUUUUGAUGCACGAUCUUUUGAAUGACCUAGCAAACUCAAUUGCGGGUGGGACGUGCUUUACCUCUGGGGAGUCUCAGCUGGUGGGUGAUGAAGAUGACGCCUCUCUUGAAGGAAAAACUCGAUAUGCAUCAUUCAUCGCACCGUGGUAUGUUACGUCACAAUGCACGAGAGCAUAUCACCGAAUGAAGGUGCUAAGAAGUUUAAUUCUAGUGCUCGGUGGAUCUAGAGGGGGGGGCUCGAGCCGAUUCGUUAUUUCCAACAAGGUGCUACAUGACUUGCUAAAAGAAUUGAAGUGUUUGAGGGCACUCUCGGUAUGUCAUUGCUCCAUCGUAGAAGUACCGAAUUGUGUCGGUGAUUUAAAACAUCUUCGAUAUCUCAAUUUCUCAUACACUAAUAUCAAAACACUACCCGAGUCAAUUCUCGAGUUGUGCAAAUUACAAGCUUUGAUUUUAAGAGGUUGUCAAAACCUUUCAAAGUUGCCUCAAGGUAUCACAAAGUUGGUCGGCUUACAGUUUCUCGACGUUAGAGAUACAAGGAAUCUAAAAGAGAUGCCAUUGGGUAUUGGCAAUUUGAAGAAUCUUACUAUCUUGUCUAAGUUUGUGGUGGGAAUGGAGAAAGGGUCGCAGUUAAAGGAGUUGAAGAACUUGCCACAUCUUCAAGGAGAAUUAAUUAUAUCAGAAUUGCAAAAGGUGGAGAAAGUUACAGACGCAGCGGAUGCUAAUUUGUUUGGAAAGCUAGGCCUUACCAACUUAUCCUUGCAAUGGAAAGAACAUUUGGGAAAUCUCCAGAAUCAUGAGCACGAAGCUCGGGUGCUUGACUUUCUGCGACCUCACACUAAUUUGGAAAAUCUCACUGUCUCGCACUAUGGUGGUGCAAGAUUCCCCUCAUGGUUAGAUGGUUCGUCCUAUUCUAAGAUAACGUCUUUGUGCUUGCGGGCCUGUUCUAAUGUUACAUCGCUGCCCUCACUUGGGCAACUACCUUCACUUAAGGAAUUAUCUCUUGAAGGUUUGCAUGCAGUAAGAAUGAUAGGCUCAGAAUUUUAUGGAGGUAAAAGGCCUUUCUCAUCCUUAAUCACUUUGAAGUUUGAUGAGAUGUUGGCGUGGAAGGAUUGGUCUCAUUAUGUCGGGGGCGCAGAACAAGAUGUCCCAUUCUCCUAUCUUCAACAUCUUGUUGUCCGGAGCUGUCCUUCGUUGGUCGGGACAUUACCUUGUCAACUUGACCGUCUCGUAAAGCUUGAAAUCCAUUCAUGCCCGCAUUUACAUGACUCAGCCAGUGCGGUUCAUCUUCCAUCUCUCCGCAAGUUAUACCUAAAGGAUUGUAACAAGGAGAUAUUAAAGAGCUUGGUCAACCUAACUUCUUUGACCAUUCUCAAAAUUGAAAAUCUUACGGAGCUUGUUUGCUUCAAUGCUGGGUUUAUGAGCUGCUUGGUCAAGCUAAAGGAGCUUCAUAUAGGAGGGUGUGACAAGCUAAACUACUUGUGGCAGGAUGGAAAUGAAAUGCGGAAUCUCGCUAGUCUUGAAAGAGUUAUCAUUGAAAGAUGUCCUCAGUUCAAAUCAUUUGUGGCGGGAGAAGGAGAGAUAGAGCUGCCAUGCAACCUCGAAAGGAUGGAAUUGAGGGAUUGUGCGAGUUUAGAAAAGCUUCCAAGCAAGAUGCACGCAACAAGACAUUUGAGGAUUCAUAAUUGUCCAAAAAUAGUGAGACUAUCCGUUCCUCCGGAUGGCCUCAGUAGUAAUAACCCGAUGCCUCAGCUUGAAUCUCUCGAGGUAAGUUAUUGUGAUUCUCCGACAUCGUUUUCCUUUGCCGAGGGUACACUCGCUGCUCCGAAGACACUUAGUAUUUCCGAGUGCAAGGGAGUGGAGUCGCUGCUGGAAGAGGUCACCGUAGCAGGAGAGUCGCUGGAAUCUUUGAGUAUUAGCGAGUGUGAGAAUCUAGGAAGCCUACCACGGUGCCUUCACGCGCUCUUCCACCUCACUUCGUUGAAAAUAUGGGGGUGUCCAGCAUUGGAGAUAGAUGAGGACUUCCCUCCCCUUCCCCUCACCCUCUCAACUCUUGAACUUAUUCAUUGUGCGAAGAUAAAGUCUAUUGCCAGCUGUAACAUUGCCAGCUGUAAGAAUCUCACCGAUUUGUAUAUAUUUGACUGUCCAGCAGUGGAGAUAGAGGAGGACUUCCAUCCCCUUCCCAUCACCCUCUCGUCUUUCUCUCUUACUAAUUGUCCGAAGAUGAAGUGUCUACCAAAUCAGUGGCAUCAUCUUACCUCCCUCCACCAUCUAUCUAUUUCCAAUUGCCCAAAUAUUGAAUGCUUCCCCAAAGGAGGUUUCCCUCCCAAUUUGCGGGAACUUGAAAUUUUAGGGUGCGAGAAUGUGAAGCAGGCAGUGAGAGAAUGGGGCUUACCCCUCCUCACCUCCCUCUACUAUCUAAGAAUUGAAUUUGGAAGGAGCAUGGGUGUAGGGGAGGGAGACAAUGUGUGUUUUCCUCCUUCGAAGGAGGAGGAGGAUGCGUGGAGUCUUCUCUUCCCUUCCUCUCUAACCCAACUUCACUUGAUAAAUAUGAGGAAGGUGGAAAGACUAUCAAGGGGUUUUCGCAGCCAUCUCUCCUCUCUCCAAUGGUUAGGGAUUUACAAUUGCCCCAAGUUGAGGUCCUUGCCAGAGGAUGGCCUCCCACCCUCCCUCCAAGAACUGCACAUAGUUGGAUGCUCGAAUCUCAAAGAUGGAUGCUCAAAACUCACUGGCCACGAUUGGCCCCUCAUCCAACACAUCCCUUACAUCUACAUUGAGGAUGUUCGGAUCGAAUGAAUUGUUUCUUCCAUGUACAGACAGUUUUGUGGGGUUUGCGGUACCAUUUGCGAUGCUGUAUUGGCAAAAUCUCUUGGAAGGAUCAGUUACGAAUGCAGUGGGGGUAGGGCUAAUUCUGUCUCGAUGUUAUGUGCCGUAUUUUGCCAAACAAAAGGAAGAAGAAAGAAGCCUUUGGUUUGAUUCAGUGCACUGCAUAUGAUCUAAAUAAUAAUAACCUCUUCCAAAAUCCAAAAAAGUGUGAUUAG